UUUGUGUUUAUUGUUGACUUGUCAAAUGUCAAUCUUGGUUCUCGAAAUCUCGAAAUCUCGAAACUACAUUUAAAAAUAUACAACGCUUGAUUUGCAAUUCAGUGAAUUGAGGCUAUUUAAAUUCCAGAUUCUAGAAGGCAAACUAUUAAAAUGGAUAUUUACGGAUAUCCCGCGUUUCCGUACAACCAGUCAGAUGAACUCGCUAAACAAAUGUUUGCGCAGCAAGCUCUAGCUUCCCCGGGUCCCUAUCGUGGGAUUCCUGAAGCACACAACAUGCCUGCUCCUACGGGAGCUCCAUGGAAUGUCCAGAAUCUGCCAUGGAGCAUGCAAUCACCGCCGAAUCUCGUACAGUUCACCGCUGAGACACCCGCAGAAGCUAAAGUGUCUCCCGUCAUCCAUUGUAAAAGAAAGAGUUUAGACGUUGAACCUCCAGUAAUUCCAGCAAAACAGCUAAUAACAGAAGAAAAAAUGGCAGCACAUAUGAGCAGUCUACACAUAUCUGCAAACUACACACAACACUCGCUAGCAUCUGAAGAUGUGAUGGAAGUGGCUGUGGACACCAGCAUGCUGUGUGAGAAGCUCAAGGGACACACUAUUGUACUGUCUGAAGAUGUUAAAAAAGUGCAAGAGGAACCAAUACUGCCCACUGCUUUAAUAGAAAGAUUACACAAACCCCAAAUGUCCUUAGUAGUGUGGAAGCCCAGAGAAAAUGUCCUAGACAAGAUAAAAGAAGAGAAUGACCAGAAUAAUGAUGAGGAAACACCUAAGAAAAGAAAUGGAGUCCUUGUGCCAGAACAUUCUAGAAUGGAGAUGGAAAUGUGAUACUUCUGUUUGAAUAAGAUUGAAGUUGUUGUUUUAAUAACACAUAAGCUUUAAAGUUAAUUGUAAAGACAAUAGAAGCAAUAUGAAGACACAUAGAAAUAUGUGGGAUUUAUGUAUGUACCAACAAAUAAGAUACCUAUUGCCACUUUGAUAACAACUUUGGACAAUUGUCCAUAAUGGGCUGUCAAAUUACCCCAAUGCUUGUGAUUUGUAUAAAAAAUAAUUUUGUGUAUGCAGCUUUUAAAAAGUAUUUAGCUUAUCAGCAUUUCAUUAUAAAAAUUAGGAUUUGCCAUAAAAAGUAGCUCAUGUUUUGUGCCAUGGUUCACUUUAUCUCUAUACCAAAUUUCAUCCAAAUUGGUUCAGUGGCUAGCUGUGAAGAGGUAACAGGACAGACAGACUUACUUUUCCAUUUAUAAUACUAGUAUGGAUUGUGCAUAUUUUGCCCAUUUUUAGUGAAUAUUUUUAUAUUGCAUAUUAUCCAAUGUCUACUUAUGUGUUAUCUAACAGUAAAUGCCACAUUGAUACUGGUAUAUCAAAAUUGUUUCUAUUGUCGAUACAACAGUGAUUUAUAUGAAACUUAAAAUUUAGUAUUAAUUACUAAUUCUUUAUAUUAUUGCAAGAUUGAAUGAUUGCAGAUAUAGUAUAAGGAUUACUUAGGUUUUAUAUAAUAUUUAGUGAAUAUGGAAAGCAUGAUGUUUUCAAGUAGUAUAGUAAGAUACUUAAAUUUAUCUAUUUGCACUGGAAGCUUUUCAAAUUUAACACAGCAUUUGUUAAGGAAAAACCAGUCAAGCCUUAUGGCAGCAUUCCGUUGUUGGCGACCGCGACCGGGUCGCACAACCCACUGCUUAGUAUGAAUAUAUAUGGAGCACUAAAUACAGGCGGUCGCGCGACGCGGUCUCGGGGUCGUGCCACCCGGUUGCGGUCGCAGGUCGCGGUCGCCAAGAACGGAAGGCUACCUUUACAUUGUCUUGGGUUCAUAUCUACAUUCUAUUAAUACCUACCAUGUGUGCCCAAUGUAAUUAUUAUUGUACUCUAUUUUAUACUUUAACAUUAUUAAAGUUUGGUCCCUCUCUCUAUUCAAAUUGUUCUUAAUACCCACCUUUUAUUUAUGAACAAUUAAACAAAUUUUUUUUAAAUAAUUUUAUAUAUGUACUUGCAAACAGUUUAAUUGAAAUGUUUUAUUUUAAAUAUGUUGAUCAUUUUAAAAACAUUAUUACUUUUUUUUUAUAAUAAUAAUUUAUCAUGACCUUAUAACUGUUUUGUGCUAGAAAGAUGCUAUGGAUGUGUUCCUUUUUAGCAGAUUCGCGCUACUUCGCUAAAGAACAAUUGAUUUUCAUAGCUUAGCUUCUUAAUCUUAGCAAAAAGACCAGUAUAAUAGCAAAAAGCACUCAGAUCGCCUCGGAAAGUCGAAUCUGCGAUGCCGCGCUUACGGCGCGCCAUUUGCGCGCUUACGUCUCGGUCUUUCAGUAUAGUCCAAGAGCUGGUGGACAUUUUUGUGUAGGUGUUUCGGCAAGUUAAAAACUUAUGUUGUACUGUACAUGUCCUAUGUUACCCUAGCAUAUAACUGGGGAUCUGGCUGGGGAGUAGUAGGAUAUGUUUGCUGACUGAUUGUAUACUACCUAGCAUCUUACUCGCACAAUAACAUAAGUAAAUGAUAGAUUCUGAAUCUGCUUUCUAGAAACGAAAACCAUUGACAUUAAAAAAAUUACGUGCUAUAGGUAGGCUAGCUCAUUUUUAUUGUUUUUCUAUUCAUAUCCUUAUAGCUAAAUUACCUAAUUUACCAUGUUUGUUUAAAGGUUUAAUUCAUGAAUAAAUUGAUAGAUUUUGUAA